GUUUAUUGGCAGUUUAUUUCUGACGGGAGCUAGCUACACCGAGGCCGAGCAGUACGUGGUCGUACGUCGAGAGGUGAGGUCAAGCAGCCUUGAGUGUAGAGGGCGCUAUCGACGCGCAUGAUACGAAGCAAGCAACAACCCGGAAAUCACCCUUCGUGAUCGCAGUUUUCUCAGGAGGAAUCUGAAGGCCAGAAGAACUCCUGAAAUUCCAUAUUCCCAUGCAGAAUAUGAGGAAGGAACGAUGCCAUUGAAAAGGAAAGGUACAAAAAUGUGCCUUCGUUGAUUUAUAAACCAGACACUCAGUCGUGCUAUUUUGGGUUAAGACAUUGUUUUAGAAUACGCGAUGAGCCACCGCUGCGAUAACCCGCCAACGCAAUGAGGGACGCAAUGAGUGGCCAACACCCAUUGCCAGGCGUCUAAAAAAUCUAAACACUGUUAAACACUGUCAUCCUCACUGAUCAGGAACCCUCUAAAGUUUGAAGCUGUACCGGUCAGGCAGCUACAAUGAGUGCCAUCAACAGAACCACCAAGCAAGAGGUCCAUCUGGAGGUUAAACCAUACUGUCAUGACAUUUGUGACAAGGUCGUCCAGAAUAAAGAGCAGCAUCAUGAGAGGUGUGAGGAAAAGAAAUUUGGUUGUGACAUUAGUGGUAGCAUCUUCUCGCACAGUGGUACCCUGGAGCAUCAGAAGGUCAACACCGAUGAGAGACCAUCUGUUUGUGGCAAAGGCUUCACAGACAAUAGUAGCCUGAUGCAACAUCAAAGGGUCCACACUAAGGAGAAACCAUUUGUUUGUGACAUUUGCGGCAAAGGCUUCUCACAGAAUUCUAAUUUACACGCUCACAAAAGGGUCCACACGAACGAGAAACCAUUUGUUUGUGACAUUUGCGGCAAAAGCUUCGCACGGAAUUCUAAUUUACACUCGCACAAAAGGGUCCACACGAACGAGAAACCAUUUGUUUGUUACAUUUGCGACAGACGAUUCUCACACAGUUCUACUUUACACAAUCACAAAAGGGUCCACACUAACGAGAAACCAUUUGUUUGUGACGUUUGUGGCAAAGGGUUCUCACGGAGUUUUUCUCUUCUAGGACAUCAGAGGGUCCACACAAACGAGAAACCAUUUGUUUGUGACAUUUGCGGCAAAGGCUUCUCACGGAGUUCUUAUUUACGCGAUCACAAAAGGGUCCACACGAACGAGAAGCCAUUUGUUUGUGACAUUUGCAGCAAAGGUUUCUCACAGAAUUCUAAUUUACACUCUCACAAAAGGGUCCACACUAAGGAGAAACCAUUUGUUUGUGACAUUUGCGGCAAAAGCUUCGCACGGAGUUCUAAUUUACACUCGCACAAAAGGGUCCACACGAACGAGAAAUCAUUUGUUUGUGACAUUUGCGACAGACGAUUCUCACACAGUUCUACUUUACACAAUCACAAAAGGGUCCACACUAACGAGAAACCAUUUGUUUGUGACGUUUGUGGCAAAGGGUUAUCACGGAGUUUUUCUCUUCUAGGACAUCAGAGGGUCCACACAAACGAGAAACCAUUUGUUUGUGACAUUUGCGGCAAAGGCUUCUCACGGAGUUCUUAUUUACACGAUCACAAAAGGGUCCACACGAACGAGAAACCAUUUGUUUGUAACAUUUGCGGCAGAAGAUUCUCGCACAGUUCUACUUUACUCUCUCACAAAAGGGUCCACACGAACGAGAAACCAUUUCUUUGUGACAUUUGCGGUAGAAGAUUCCCACAGAGUUCUUCUCUAUCAGAUGGUCCACACUGAGGAGAAACCAUUUGUUUGUGACAUUUGUGGCAAAGGCUUCACAGACAAAGGAAACCUGAUACCACAUCAGAGGGUCCACACUAACGAGAAACCAUUUGUUUGUGACGUUUGUGGCAAAGGCUUCUCUUAUAAUUCUAAUUUACACGAUCACAAAAGGGUCCUGACACGAAAGAGAAACCAUUUGCGGCAGAAGAUACUCACAGAGUUCUAUUCUACAAAGACAUCAGAGGGUCCACACUAAGGAGAAACCAUUUGUGGCAAAGGCUUCACAGACAACAGUAACCUGAUACUACAUCAGAGGGUCCACACUAAUACAUGUAAGAAGCCUUUUGUAUGGACAUUUGAGGCGGAAGCUUCUCUCGUAGUAGUUGCCUACAAAGACACAAGAGGGUCCACACUAACGAGAAACCAUUUGUUUGUGACAUGUGUGGCAAAGGGUUUUCACAGAAAUCGUCUCUAAAAAGACACAUGAAGGUCCACACU